AUGGAGACUGGACAGCAAAACAUUGAAGAAGAAUUAAAGAAUAUUCUGACCCAAGGAUGCACAGACAAUGUGGAAAUACAAAGGGAUGCAUAUAAUAAUAUAACGAUAAUUAAAAGGCCAGAAGUAUCUGGGGAUUUAUAUAAAGUAGGCAUUGAUGAAGCAGGAAGAGGGCCGUUAGCAGGGCCACUUGUGUAUAGCAUGGCUUACUGGGUUAGUGACCCAGAUACAAAAGUGUAUAAUGACUCAAAAAAAGUAGGAAAGCAGAAAAGAGUCAUGCAACACAAAGACUUAUACAAGGAUAAGUCUGUUGGAUUUAUAAUACGCUGUUUAUCUCCACUAUUCAUAAGCAUAAAUAUGCUUUGCACCAUACGCGAUAAAGAGAAUAAAAGUCUGAAAAAGAUUCCUGCAAAAAAAACUGCCAAGAGACAGAAAUUAGAACCUGAAAUUGCAGAAGAGGCAGGGAAAAAUAAAGAACCAUCAUACAGCACUAUUCUGCAUAUGAUGGGGAAAACAGAUUUAGGACCUCCUAUUUUUGUAAGUCGCAUCAGGCAGAACCUAAAUGAUCUAUCAAUUGGGUGCAUACUAGAGCUACUAAACACGUCGAUUAAGUCGGGAGUGCAGAUGCAGGAAGUGUUCAUUGAUACUGUAGGGAAUAAGCAAACACUAAGGGCAAAAGUAGUCGAUCUAUUAAAAGACUCCAAGGGAAUAAAAAAUGUGACAGUUGAGGAAAAGGCAGAUUCAAAGUAUCAGGUAGUAGGGGCUGCAAGUAUUCUUGCAAAGGUCACAAGAGACAUGUUCUUUGAGAAUUCCGAUCUAUCAAAACUGAUUUAUAAAGGGGCUUCUCUGCCAAAAAUAGCAGUCAGUGGGUACCCAUCUGAUGUGAAUACAAAGAACUGGAUGAAAAAGUCAUUUUUAAGUGGCCUUGGGUUUCCGUCCAUAUUUCGGAUUGCAUGGAAGCCUAUACUGGAAGUACUGCAAGAAGAAAAAACAAAAAAACAUCUGAAAAAUGAGACAGUAAGAGGAACAAUGACUUGCUACUUAAAGAAGGCACAAAUACAAUAA